AUGUCGGGGGUCUUAUGGUCAAAAAACAGAGCGCUUGUAUUCGGCGGUCUUAAUGAUGUGGAAGAUGCGGCAGGCGAAAUGAUUCGUGGCUAUUUUCACAACGACCUUUAUGUGGUAGAGUUGGACAAGGCUAAGUGGCACACAUUCAGGUAUGAAUCCUUGCCUCUCGCUCGCCUCUCGGUCCCUACGUCUGAUCGCCAAGUGCAGCUGCUAAAUGAAAGGCCAAACCAAACCGGAGGUCCUGUCUUGCCGGAUGUAAAUAAUUCAGACGCAGCUACAUGA